AUGAUGAUGAUGGGCAGCAUGACGAUGAUGGGGAGGGCAGCACGACGACGGUGGUGGGGGCACUCUGCCUCGUCCUGUCGCCCUUUGCUGCGCCUUCUUGCCCCUCGUCAACCCCUCGGCCGCCCAUCGCUCGCCCCUCACCCCUCGUUCGCCCUUGCCGUCUGCCUCACCCCUCUCCCUUUGCCCUGCCCCUCGCCCUCUGCCCCUGAGUCGCCCUCUCGCCUGCUGUCACCCUCUCGCCCACCUCUCGCCGUCACCUCACCCCCUCGCUGUCCGUCCAUUGAGGCAGACAUCACUGAGGGGAAUGACAACGAGUGGCCGAGGGGUUCAACAUGCCCCAAUGAGGCCCAGGGAGCUGCAGAGGGAAAAUGA